AAAUCUCGACAGAGAGAUUCGAUAAGUGAAAUACCCGAAGAUGUGUCCACCUCAUCCACAUCAGAUAUUACACGUGGUUGGAGAUCUGAAGUGCCGUCCAGAACGGCACUUUCAGUUUCUCACGGUCGCAGCUCAUCGCCUUCACUAUCUGGACUUGGUCUGCACAUGAUCCAUCAGCCGGAUCAUGCAACUGUCGAUCUAAUUUUUGUUCAUGGCUUAGGGGGGCAUAGCAUCAAGACAUGGUCAAAAAAUCAUGACGCUUCUCUAUUCUGGCCCCAGCUAUGGCUACCAUCUGAGCCUGGUGUUGAGAACGCCCGUAUAUUUACAUUUGGCUACGAUGCAGCCUGGCGUGGCGCAGGAAAGUCUGUUUCUGACAUUACCGACUUCGCGAAGGAGUUGUUAUUUGAGAUGCGAUUUGGGAAAGAUGCUGCUGGAGAAGAGUUAAAUUUCGGGAUAAACCCCAUCAUAUUCGUGGUCCAUAGCAUGGGCGGUUUGGUUACGAAGAAGGCAUGUCUACUGGGUCAGCAAGAUGCAACUUAUCAAGGAAUCAUCCAAGCGGUAUCGGCUAUCAUAUUCCUUUCAACACCUCAUCGCGGUACGUAUUUGGCCAAAAUCCUCAAUAGAGUUCUAUCUGCGUCUUUCCAGUCAUCUAAGAAUUUUAUCUCGGACCUCGACAAAGGCUCUUCCGCUAUCGAGGAACUAAACGAGCAGUUUCGCCGUCUAGCACCGAACUUGUCAAUCUGGUCUUUUUAUGAAACAUUGGCUACUUUGAUUGGGCCACGACAGAUAAUGGUGUUAGAAAAGGAUUCCUCAGUUCUAGGCUAUCCAGGGGAAAUCUCCCGAUCUUUGCAAGCUGACCACCAUGAUGUCUGCAAAUUCUCGAGCCCCACGGAUCCGAACUAUAUCACAGUUAGAAAUGCGAUCAAAACUCUAAUAGCGCAGCUUCGAGACAAAAAGCUAGGAGUAAAAGUCAUACCACCCAACAACACGGUAUUUGAAGAUGAGAUGAUGGUUAUCCAAGAUCAUUUCCACAACUGUCCCUCGACUGAGACUGAUUAUGACGCUAGUCGUCGUGCUUGGAUCCCAGGUACCUGUGAGUGGUUCCUUGAGGAGGAAGCAUACAUCUCUUGGCUUUCACCAUCAUCACCCAAACCCGCCAUACUGUGGUACACUGCACCUCCCGCAAAUGGAAAAACCGUCUUGUCCGCAUUCAUUGUCAACCGUCUGCGAAGCAAAGACUUAUCAUGUCAAUUUUACAUGUUCAAAUAUUCUGACAAUGACAAGAGUAUGGUAGUGAACUGUGUUAAGUCCUUAGCCUAUCAGCUGUCCACAACCCAACCUGAGUUCAGGAAACUGUUAGCUUGUUCCUCCAGGGAAGGCUUGGGCUUAGCUUCAUCAGAUCCUUUUCUGAUUUGGAAGAAUAUAAUCGAGAGUAUCGUGCUCAAAUCAAAUAUCACCACGACGAUAUACUGGGUCAUUGAUGCUUUGGACGAGUGCAACUCCCCGAAGACAUUUCUCGAGUGCCUCAAAACAUUUUCCGACCGACUACCUAUCCGAAUCCUAAUAUUAAGCAGGGACACCGAAUCUAUAUCUAUGGGUAUGAACCGGCUCUCUAGGGGCAUCCCUGUACUGAGGAUAGAAAAAUCGACAACAGGACACAACCAAAAAGACAUUGAGCGUUUAGUUAAGAUAGAACUUGAUCACAUGCGUGGAAGUAGUCAGUUUCGAGACCAACUCCUUCAAGAGAUUAUGGAACGCUCAGAAGGUAACUUUCUUUGGGUUCAGCAUGUCCUCGAGGAGGUCGCGAGUUGCCAUACCGAGGCAAAAAUACGUGAAGUCCUCGAUGACAUACCAAGUGACAUGACACUCAUGUUUCGCCGGAUGGAGAACAACCUCAUUGACUCUGUCAAGGGAUCCGAUAAACCACUCAUUACCGCACUACUUGAGUGGACUACUUGUGCCCAGCGGCCUCUAAGUUUGAGGGAAAUGUCACAAGCACUUCAACCGGAGUUUGGCAACUUCCUCGAUCUUAAGCGAACAAUUAAGGACACCUGUGGCCAAUUCGUGCAAGUAGACAGUCAUGGUAAAGUGAUCUUACUGCAUCAUACCACCCGCGAAUACUUUACUCACUCGUCAGAGAGUGAACUGCGCAUCGACCCUGAGAAAUGCCACGAAAGAUUAUUUGCAAAGGCACUGUCCGUAUUCAAAGAAGAUCUACGAUGGAGGCUACUACGGAACCAACAUGACCUUGAAUCAAGCGAGCCAUUUGUGUUCUAUGCCGCCGUCACCUGGCCCUUCCAUUUAGCCCAGAGCGCCACGACAUCAUCAGAAUGCUUGGAGGUUCUCGUAAAAAUCUUCUCGGGCCCUGGCGUCUUGGUCUGGAUCCAUUCUCUAGCAUUGCUUCGCCGUUUGGAGAUACUCGUCACGGCGUCGCAUGCUUUAAUUAUGCUUAUCAAGAACAUUGAAAGGUGUACCAUGUCGGACCCUCUACCAAAUCGCUCGUCGAACCUUAAGUUGUUAGGCAAAUGGGCAAUAGACCUCACCAAAUUAGUAGGCAGAUUCUCCAACCAAAUCUUAUCGAACCCCGGGGUACUGUAUUCUAUCGUUCCAGCUAUCUGCCCGCAAAGGUCCAUCGUGUAUAAGAAGUUCCAUAAGGCUGCAACAAUUAAGGUUACUGGGGUCGCGAAGGAGAGCUGGAGCGACAAUCUUUGCCGACUUUUUCUGCCAGAUGAGGCAGAAGCCCAAGCAAUAGCAUGUACAGCAAAACACCUCGCUGUUCUUGACUUCACAGGGUCAGUCCAUGUAUGGGAUGCGUCGAAUUUCUUAAAAAUAUCCACUAUCUACCACGGCGAACCAGUUAUAGCUUUUGCAAUAAGCAACAUAGGCGAUAGGCUGUGCACAUUCGGUCUAACGAGCACGAAGCUGUGGUUGACACUGUCAGGAGAACUACUAGAGUCGACAGCGAAUCCUAAAUACAUCAAAGCAAGAGACAUCGUCUUUGCAGAUAAUGAUUCCAGCGUCCUCUUAGGUGGUGAUGAUAACGUCAUCAGGCAUCUGGCUUGUGACAAAGUUUCCCAGGGUUGGCAGGUUCUGAACAGCGAUCUGCUUAAGACGAUAGUUCAAAUCGAUGGCGCUCUGACUGCCUCUCCAAAUUGCCUAGCUUUCAACGGAGACAGAACUCUAGUUGGCAUAUCAUUUAGGGGUGCGCCACUGUAUGUCUGGAGGCUGGGUGACGGUGCUUGCAUCAAGGUAUACAAAAGAACAGACAGCAUAAAAAUGGACCAAGCAUGUCUGGCUUCAAACUGGUUCACUGUGAACCAGUUUAUUUGGAAUCGCGUUACCGGUCACGUUCUCGGUAUUUGCAAAGGCGGGUGGAUUUUCAAGUGGCAUCCUAUAACAGAUGAGAGGACUGAAAUGCAGUUCUCUGCUGACGAGAUUGCAGCAAGCCCCAACGGAAAGCUAUUUGCCACUGGGAGUACCGAUGGAUCUAUUCAGAUAUGGAGCUUCUCUCAUUUUACUGUGAUCUAUCAGCUCGUGUCCGAAGACCUGGUAACAGCAAUAGCAUUUAGUUCAGAUAGCCGUCGAUUCCAUAAUGUUAGUUUCGGGACUGUCAACACCUGGGAGUCUGCUAGCAUGAUUCGCUUUCUAGAGACCGACUGGCAGACCGAUGCCAGAAGUGCGAAAGACCAAUUCUCUACGCAUGUAUCUCCGAUCAAUAAGGGCUCAACCAAUGAGCUUACGCCUAUUACUGCCUUUUCUCUUUCACCGGACAACAGAUCGUAUUGCGUUGGAUAUGAGCAUGGCCAAGUUGACUUUUACCAGAGAGGCUCUACCAAAGGUAAAAGACUUUCCCAAUUUCGCUUUUGCACGCCGAUAGUGAAUAUCCAAUGGAGCCCAGAUUGCCAUUCGGUUGCUAUUCGUGACCUUUCAUCCAACUUGCAGAUAUGGAGGCUCUGUCGAGUUUCUAAAGAGGACAUAUUACCGUCGGUUCUUCCCAAAGCUCGAUUUAACUUGGGUGGAUAUUAUCUCGAGACAAUCUUGUUUAGUUUAGAUGGGAAGAGAAUCCUUAUCGUAUCUAGGAAAGGUGAUGCUUUUGUAUGGUCCACCGAAGAUGGCAAAGUUACAGCAGAGUCCCGGAGCAGCAAACCUCAAUAUGAAGCAACUCGUGGAAAGUGGUUGUGUCACCCGAGAUAUUCAGAUAUUAUUCUUCGGUGUACUGAUGUUGGAGUUUAUGCUCACAGAUGGGACAAUCUGGCAAUCGAAUGGACUACAGCCUUUUAUCAGGAACCACAGAAGGUGGUGGGGAAAUUAUCAAGCCUCGACUCACGACCUUGGGCUCAGCUGACCAUAGUCAAGAGAGCAAUAUUGACGGAUGAGUCACAACAUAUCAUUUUGUUUACCACCGAUACCGCACGCUUCCAAGAAUAUCCCACUCGCUUACGGCUUGUUCCGGUAACAACCCUACGAGGGAGAGACGAGGUGGCAUUGACGAACGCAACCUUCGAUAGCUUAUCCAUUCCACUAGACAUUGUUCAACAUAUACUCAACCCCCUCGGAAUACUGCCAGGGCGCAGGCUAGUGUUCAUCGAUCGGGACCUCUGGGUGUGUUCAUACCCCCUCGGAAAGCGCUUCUAUUCCGCCACUGGCGCGCUUUAUAAUCGUUUCUACUUUAUUCCACGCAACUGGGUAUCGGCAAACAGUGUGGAACAAUGCCAGCUAGCAGAUGAUGGCACGCUGUUCUGGCCAAGGGGUGAUCGGGUGGUUCUUAUUGAGUGUAACCUAGAUGAGACGAAGCCCAAUUCGGUAUUUUGAGUUUAUGCCUUUGUACUACAGCGAAUAUACUCGCACUCUAAACGGAUGUUGAACUUUAGCAAAAGGUA